GGGGGAGCAGGCGAGCCGAGGCGGGCGGCAGAACUCGGUUUCCGCCCCGCUCGGCAGGCGCUCCGCGGCCGCACGAUGUCCGGUGAGUACCGGUGAGGCCCUCGCGGCGCCCGCUCGCCCCCGGCGUCCCACGGCACCGCACGGCGGUCCGGGCCCGGCGGGCUCCUCGUCCGGCUUGCCCCGACGGCGGAGCGGGAUCCCAGCGGCAGGCCGCGCUGCGAUUAGCGGCCCCGGAUUAGGGUUGGAGCCAUCUGGCUGGUGGGAGGAAAGGGCCCGAGGGGUGGGCGCCUGCUGCUGUCCCGCGUGUUGCUUGACCGGCCUGAGCCCGCCUAGGGCUUCCAGGGCGGCAGGGGCAGACAGAGGGGGACUCUGCUGCAAGGCUGCUUUAAAAGUUGUGUUGUGAGGAGAGUGGGGAAACUGGAGGUGUCCAACAGUACCAGUUAUGAAGUCCUCUGCCUUGUCCUGCCGACUGCUGUGUUUCUAGUCCUAGUAUUUCUUUUUCUCAGAACGUUAUGUUACCCUUUUGAUGUUACUCAUUUGCAUAUUAUUGUUGCGUUUGGUUUUUCACAGAGAUUGUUUAAUGUCUCCCGAGUAACAGAACUGCAGGGUCUUGACGCAGAAUGUAACUGUUCCUAACUGGAAGGUAUUUAACAAUGGCCACACCAAAUGAGAGAGAAGUCCUCGCUGUAGCCUGUCCUCAGGAGUCCUAAUCCUGCCUGGUGACAUUCAGUGCUGCUUUAGUAAUGGCUGGUAGAGAACCUGUGUUUGGAUCAGGCAGAACUUCAUGAGACCAUGAGAAAUACUGCGUGAUGUCAAACGUUGAUUUGUAUUCUCUGUGGAGGUAUUGGCAGUGCCAGCAUAAAACUCAUCGGCAGUGUAAAUGUUUCCUCUCUUGGACCCAGACCAGGGAAGUGUGGGAAUUAAUAGUGCCAGCUCAUUUGAUUACUAUGGGGAGAACUGCCUGUUUGCUGAAAAUCUGCAUAACAAUUUCUGAUGGUGGCUUAGCAUAGCUGUUUUCAUCGUUACUUGUUCUGCCUACUUGUAACGAAAUCCAUCCUGACUGCUUCUGCAGUCCCGGUUGCAGCUGGAGCAGAGCUUCCUGUUCCACAUUGCUCUGGUGAUUAAUGCUAAGUCAGAGGUCAGGAGACCUGUGACCAACAAGAGCGUGGUCAGCAGGUCGAGGGAGGUGAUCUUCCACCUCUGCCCUGCCCUGGUGAGACUGCGUCUGCCACACUGUGCCCAGUUCUGGGCUGCUCAGUUCAAGAAAAACAGGGCACUUCUAGAGAGAGUUCAGCGGAGGGCUGCAAAGAUUUCUAGGGGCCUGGAGCUUCUCCUGCGUGAGCAGUGGGGCUGUUCAGCCUGGAGAAGAGAUGGCUGAGAGGGGUUCCUAUCAACACUAAUAAAUAUAAAUAUUUGUAUAAGUGCAGGAGUCAAAUAGAUGGGGCCAGGCUUUUUUUUUCAGUGGCGUGCAGUGAUAAAACAAGGGGCAGUGGGCACAGACUGGAACAUAGGAAGUUCCCUAAAAACAUGAAGAGAACUUAUUUACUGUGAGGGUGACAGUGCCCUGGAACAGGCUGCUCAGAAAGGUUGUGGGAUCUCCUCUGGAGAGAUUUGAGAUCCACCCGGACACUUUCCCAUGCAGCCUACUGUAGGAAACCUGCUUUAGCAGGUGCUUAGACUUGAUCUCUAGGAGACCCUUCCAUCCCAUGUGGUUCUCUGAUUCUGUGACUUUAUCAUUGCAGCAGUCUAAUGCACCUUCGCAGAAGCACACCUUGGGGGGAGAUGCUUAGUGACCUGAUGUGGGAAAGGGAGUAGCAGAGAGGUGGGCUGGGCACAGCAGGCCUGGCCCGGGCUGUAGUGUGCCUGCCCUACGGAGAUGGCAGGUGCAGCAGAAGGGGAAAGUGAGACGAGAACAGCAGAUAGUAUCAGCGAGGAAUGUGGGAAAAUGUUGAGCCAGUGUUAGUUUGCAAGGCAGAGCACUCUGGGAACAUAAUCAGCCUAUUGGGGAUUUUUAGCUAUUUUAUGUACUCUUCUUUUUAAAAUGGCAUUGUGUUAUUUAGAGUAGCUUUGUAGGAAAGCUGUAGUAUAUGAGUCUGGCUCCCAUUGCAGUUUUGGAGUGGGCAACUUGGCAAACUGAAGUUGUUACUCUAGGAGCCACUGCUAGAACGCAUCUGUCAUUUCUCUAUCAAGAGACAGAAAUAUGUUUAUAAAGCUGUGUCAAUUGGAUUAUGAAACUUGGUUUGAAGCAGGUAGGUGUACGUGUUUCAUUUUGUGCUUAUUACUGAGUCACUCCUGCCUCUCACUGGUGUUUGAUCAUUCUCUGUCUCCCUUUUACUCUGACCAUCAAAGGGAGCACUGCUCGAUCUGCAUGCAGGUGUGGAUUCCAAGGUUUUUAUGCAGACCUAGAACUGGUUUUCAGGUCUGUUUAAUAAUCUUGCCUCUGGCAGCUCAGUCUGAGAUACUGCUGUGAGUAAGUAGCAUAAGAAGUUGGUGAUGUUGACUAAAAAGCUGUUACAAGUUUCACACAAAAUCACUCAGCCGAUUGCGGUUCACAUAACUUCGGUGAUUGAUUUUUACAGACCACUCUGCAACUUCGAUAGCAGCACAGAGAAGAUGGCAAAAAUAAUUUGCUUGAAAGUCUGACCUGUUCUGAGGAACUAUUGCCAGUGCCAACAGCUACUUCUAAAUUUGCAUCUCCGUGUUGCUGCGUGGUAAUCUAGGCAAGAGAAGUGAGCAGACUUGACUAUUCAUACAACAUAGUUAUACUGUGAUUCUAAUCGUACACAGACUUUUCUUGUAAUUCACAGAGUCGCCGUAGGGCUCCACAGCUUGAAAACAAUUUGCUUGAAAACAUAAUACUGUUCACACUGGGUGUUUCCUGUGAAAAAUCCUGGUGUCAUCCAGCACAAAAUGCUGAAAGCAAAGCUGCACUUGGCAGUGAAAAAAAGACAUAUAUAUAUACAUAUGUAUAGUCAUGGUGAAUUUUAAAUACCCACACCCUUGGCCUUCAAACGUGGAGGAUCAAAUAUUGCUGCUUUUGUAGCUUGAAAUCAGUGGUGAGUCCCUCAGUACAUUAAAUGUUAUGCAACGUUGCCCUUGAUUUCAUUUAAAUGGAGAUUUCAGGUGAAGAAUUUGCUUUCACAGCUUUGUAUGAGAAUCUGAUCUGUAGUUUUGACUUUUAGAAAUAAAAUAGUUACGGGGGCAGAGUUUCAAUGAAUAUUCUAAAGAAGGAAAUUCAAGUAACACUUAUUCCUCUUGAAAGCAUGGUAUGAGAUGAAGGACCAAGUAAUGAUAGAAUCUUUUGAUUCUAACCUUCCUGUAGAUCUUUAACAGAUACUUCUGCAUGAUUUUAAAAUUGUGAGCGUAUGCUUCUUGUUGCAUCAGUAAUGCUUUAAUGUUGCUUGGUUUCAGCCAGUAGUUUGAUUGUCUGUUUAAUUAACUUUACAAUGGUUUGCUGUAUUAAGAGGACCGUGAUAUGUAUCCUACAGCAGAUUCUCAGAAGAUUUGGCGAUUGGUUUCUUUUCCUUGUAACGGAUCAGGCCUUUGUGACUCUUGCUACUGAUGAUGUGUAUUGCCAAGGAGCUCUGGUUCUUGGACAGUCAUUGAGGAACCAUACGACAUCUAGAAAACUGGCAGUACUGAUUACACCAGAGGUUUCCAGUGGAAUGAGGUCUGUCCUGCGCAGCGUGUUUGAUGAAGUCACUGAGGUGGAUGCACUUGACAGUGCUGACUCAGUCCGUUUGGCUCUGUUGCAGAGGCCAGAGCUGGGUGUAACCUUCACCAAACUUCACUGCUGGACCCUUACUCAUUAUAGCAAAUGUGUGUUCAUGGAUGCAGACACCUUGGUGCUUUGCAAUGUUGAUGAAUUGUUUGAUCGAGAAGAGUUUUCAGCAGCUCCUGAUUCUGGCUGGCCUGACUGCUUUAAUAGUGGUGUAUUUGUUUUCCGACCUUCUUUAAAAACUUACAACUUGCUGCUCCAGUUUGCUGCUGAGCACGGCAGCUUUGAUGGGGGGGAUCAAGGCUUGUUGAAUAGCUUCUUCAGCAACUGGGCAACAGCAGAUAUUGGCAAACACUUACCAUUCAUCUAUAACUUAAGCAGUAGUGCGGUAUACUCCUACGUUCCUGCUUUCAAUCAUUUUGGUAGAGAUACCAAAGUUGUUCACUUCUUGGGAGCAACAAAGCCCUGGAACUACAAAUACAACCUUCAAACAAAGAGAGUUAUGCAAGAUGGCACCACCUCUGGAUCUUUCCAUCAGCUGUCAUUUCUUGCCCUCUGGUGGAACAUAUACAGUGCCAGUAUAUUGCCUUUGCUAGAAAAAUUUCAAAAGAUGGAAGAAUCAGAAUCUGAGGAAUGGAAGCAUACUUUCAGUGGAGUUGAAAUUACGCUGAAGAAGGUUGAUCCUUCUGUGGCCAAUUCUCUGCAAAUGCCUGUACUUCCAGAGCAGGCAUCUGAAGCACAUCCCACAGCAUGUUCCUCAGAGGAACUCACUUUCAAAGCUCAACCUGUAUACGAAACUGAACAACGUGGAUCUAGCAUUCAUCUCUCUGAGCCUGACAGACCUUCCAAGCAACAUGCUUCUCAUCCUGCAUUUCAGGAAACCUCUGAGCUGAAUGAGGUUACAUCUUCUGUUUCAGAGGUCUCUAUUCACCUCAAACCAGAAGAACCAAAUCCAGAAGAUGAACGCAGAAAAUGGGAGGAGGGGCGUAUGGACUAUAUGGGAAAAGAUGCUUUUGAGCAUAUCAAAAAGAAGUUGGACACAUUUUUACUCUAAGAUGAAGUGAACUGUAAUGACCAUCAUGAUGUUUCUUCUGUAAAUACAACCGUGAAUAUUUGGAUAUCUUUGUAGUUUAUUUGACACCAAAGCUGAUGGAAGACUAACAGAGAUAGACUCUUGUUUUGUUGUUUCUUUUUUUAAUGGUUAUCUGUGCCUCAACUUUAUUGUUCUCUCAUAGUGCCUUCUGACGUAUAAUGAAUGAUACUUUCUGAGUACGACACUCUCAUAUUUAUCAUUUUUCCCCACUGUUCUGCGUAAGUACUGCACAGGAAUAAUCGUAAGUGAAGUAUGUUGAAAGUUGAGCUUAUUUUACAGUACUCUUGCCUCUUACAAGAGGCUACAAAAACUUCUUAAAUUUUUUUCCUUGAAGCCAAGUUAAUGAUUUCAAGGGCAACCAUGGUGUAGACUUCAAUGUGAGAGGAAAGUAAGAAGAUGAAAUUCUGGCCUCAUAUAAAUCUGUGACAAAACCUUUUCAUUUAAGUAUAAUUAGGUAUAGAGUAAAUCAGGACUUCAAGAUCACUACUGGAUACUCUUCCUGUUUUAAAUGAAAACUGCUCAAGUAGCAGUGUGAUGAAAAGAUGUCUUAAGACCGUCUUAAGACAGACUGAAAAUGUGUAUUAACCUUUUAUAUUGUUGCUGUAGGAUACUAUUCAUGCAUAUGGGGUUUUUUAAUAUAUGUUAACUUUUACUUCCGUAUUCCGUGUUGCAUAGUUAGAGGAAGAAAUGCUGACUGACACUAUGGUAUAAACCUUUCUGGUGCUUUACAUUAAUUUGUUUACAGUGCUCUGACUGCAGUUGACAAAGGCAUUCUUCUCAUUUAGUAUGGUUGCUCCAGUUUGAGUGCAACUGAAAACAGUUAGUUCUUGUUUUAGUAAACAGGCCCUUUGAAGAUCUUUUAAACAAUAGCUGCAUGUGGGAACUAAAAAAUCAGAGUGUAGUUUCAGAUAAAUCUAUUGAUGAGAUUCCAUUAUAUUAAGUGUACUUAGAGGAAUUGCUUUGUGAAUUUUGAGUCUUUAAAUAUGAGUGAUCUUGGCAAGUUUUUAUUAACAAACAAGAAGAAAGAAACACUUUCAAAGAAAGAAGCUUGAUAGACAUGCUAAUAUGGUAACAGACUUGAUACAGUUAUGCAUAAUGCUGCUGAGUCUUAGAAUGAGAAUUCUGCAGUGCUGAUGGAGGAUCUGAAAUGUAUUCCAGCUUUGAUUUGUCACCAAUUUUGGUACAGAUGAAUUAAAUGAAAUAACUUGUGAAUUCUGUUUAACAGCCAGUUGUGUAAUGUUAAGCAUCACAGAAUCAUAGAAUGGCCUGGGUUGAAAAGGACCACAGUGAUUCAGUUUCAACCCCCUGCUAUGUGCAGGGUCGCCAGCCACCAGACCAGGCUGCCCAGAGCCACAUCCAGCCUGGUCUUGAAUGCUUCCAGGGGUGGGGCAUUCACAACCUCCUUGGGCAACCUGUUCCAGUGCGUCACCACUCUCUAUGUGAAAAAAUUCAUCCAAAUAUCUAUUGCUGUAGAUGUUCAUGAAUAAAAAGGUGAGGUAGGAGAGAAGGAAUUUUUUUUCUUUCUCCAUCAAAAAAGGUUGAAAAGAAGAGGAAUAACUUGCACAAAUUAGGAAAGGAACAAGAGUCAGAAGGUCCCUUGAAGGCAGAAGAGUGAUCUGAGUUUUUUAAAGUUGAUUCCUACUGUUUAUGAUAGUGGCAUUACUUCUGGGACUGUUUCUGAUUUGUCAAAUUCUUUAUUUCUCAUUUAUUUUGAGUACUCCUAAGGUGAGAAUUAUGGGUCUCUCUCUGGUUGGUCUCUUGAAGUUGAGCUUCUAGUUGGAAUUAGGUAUUUAAAGUCUCCAAAGUUGAAGAGAAAGACAUCCAGAAGAUGAUUCUUAUCAAUUUUUCCAUUAGUCGCAAAAUGACCCAUGAUAAAUUGCUUCCCCUUGGCAGGUAACCUUUAUAUGAAAAUAUAAAGGCAGGCACUUUCUACAUCUUGUUUUGUGUGUCCCAGUGCAGCACUACGUGGAAAUUACACUAGCUGCAGUGUAAUGGCAUUUGAUCUGCUAAUUAUCUCUAUUUCUUAUUGAAGUAACUUGUGCACUUCUGAGAAAGUCUUCCAUUUUAUAAGAAUUAUUGCUAAUACAAUUCAAACUGUUUCUGAAAACUGGAUACAACAGUAGGCAACCAUGUGAACUCCUGUUUCAUGCAGCUGUAAUUCUGCAGUAACUACUAGAUCUUACUGGGUACAUUAGUAUAGAUUAUGGGGAAAAAAUUACUAAUGUGAAAUCUAUAAUUUAAAAGCUUUAAAAUAGACAUAUGACUGUAGUAAAAGGAGCUGUUAUGGAACACAUUGGUAGGUGUUAAGAUGUAGAAUGGCAUCGUGUGUGGAUUAUGCAAUGUUUUGCAAAGAAAUGUAGCAGACUAAUGUUGUGGAAAUAAAGUAGAAGUGGAAAGGACAUACGAAGUUGUGCUCAUGGAAUGAUGCAUGGUUACAGAUUAUAUUGUGCCAGGAUGUGCCAUUUGUGACUGAUUGGUUAUUUUAAUGGUUGUUUUUUUUUUUUCAUUUUAUUAAAUUGCUUGUCAGACAUUCACACCACCAGCAAACUAGAAUUAGGAGGCGCACAUUACAAUGCUACAGACGUGUAAUAGAAGCAUUAGAAUCUUUCUUGAAUUAGCACCGAAGUAGUUGAGUUACUGUUUCCCAGAAGAAUAUAACUGUGCUUAAAAACUUUGCUCAAGCUUUUGUGCAUUGUCUUCAUUCAAGAAAUCAUUUACAAAUAAUGUUGUAUCUUAGUGGAUUCUUGCACAGUAAUGCCACCAGAGGGAGAGAAGGGAGAAACUUUUCAGUUUAUCCAGAAUUUGCAUGUGCUGUGCUUUGAGCAGCUCCCUUUGAUCUUUACGGACAUCAUUCUACAAUUGUGAGGCCACAAGCAGGUUUGGAGAGUGUCACAGGCAGCACGUUACAAACUCUGUGGAUCAUGGCAAAGUCAAAACAUGACUUGGAAAUCGAGUUCAAACUAAGCCUCACCCAGAAUUUCUUACACAUUAAAGUGUGGGUAGCCUCAGGUACUUCUAGGGUCAAGAAAUGUAAGAAAAACAAACUUUCUGUCGGCACCUCUGGUCCCUAAAGAUGAAUGUCAGUUCAGGCCCUGGUGACCCAAGAAGCAGCUGUAAGGGUUUGGAAGAGCCGAACUCUGUCCUGGUGUAGUGUGGGAGACGGGCUGAGUUCAAAACAAAAUAUGCUUAUUUUCUCUUCUUCUGUCCUGGGCUUAAUUAUUUACAGCAAGACUUAAAAGGUAGUUUUAUUUGCAAAAUUAUUGAGUGCUCUUCAUAUAAUAAAGAGGACAUAGUGUGGGUGAGCCACAAGGAAAAUUCUUGACAAUCUUAGACGAGUGGGUUAAUGCACUUUCCAAGCCUACUGGAAAAGGAGGUGGUUGUUCUUGUAAUGUCCCUGCUUACUUCGUGGUGUCUUGGGAGGACAUUUCCACUUGGUUGUUCUUUUGAGAAAGAAGAGUUUUCUUUGUCUCUCUGGCUCAAUCAGCUCACAUGAGUUAUGUCUUGUAAAGCUGAUACUUGGGGGGAAAAAAAACACACUUCUCUGCAGUGAUUUUCCUGUCUAAGAAUCUGAGGCUGGCCUAGUAGCAGGUGGCUUUAUACAUCUGCGUGCUUCUGAAAAUCUCCACUUGUUCAACAGAAAUAAGUCUGCCUAUUUGUUCCUUAAUAAAUUCUGUUGUUUUGCUGAGCUAAA